AUCUUUUGAUGUCUUGCUAGUUCAAUGUUUUGACAGAAGCGCGCGGUGUAAUUCCAUUGAUUUUUGGAUUUCGAUCGUACCUAAGAUCCUUUUUUUAUCUGGGUUGCUAACUCAAUGGUAGAGUACUCGGCUUUUAAGUGCGACUAUGAUCUUUUACACAUUUGGAUGAAACAACAAAUUCGUCCAGACUCUUGGUAGAGUCUAGAAGACCACGACUGAUCCUCAAAGGUAAUGAAUGGAAAAAAUAGCAUGUCGUAAUAAAAUCAAUCUUUUUUGAAUGGAAUCCAAAAUUACGAUUUUCUGGGUCUGAUGAAUAAAUGGAUAGAGCCUGGCUCCAAUUCUGGUAAAAUAAAAAGCAACGAGCUGAACUUCCUAAUUGGAAUGAUUCCCCGCUCUAAUUAGACGUUAAAAAUAGAUUAGUGCCGGAUGCGGGGAAAGGUUGGGUUUUCCUAUGAGUGGACCCUUUAUUUUUUCUUUUUUUUAGAAAUCCUAAUUAUUCUUGAUUAUGGAUUGAAUAAGGGAUGUUAUGGAUUGAAUGUGUAAAAGAAGCAGUAUAUUGAUAAAGAGGCUGUAUUCCAAAGUCAAAAGAGCGAUUGGCCUGCAAAAAUAAAAAACUUGUUCUGUUCUUUUUUUUAAUUAGAACAAACAUAAACUAAUUGGGUAGAAAAGGAGCAGAAAAAGAUCUGUGGAUUAGACUCCCUUUCUUUCCAGGGUUUGUAUUAAAAAUGCAACACCCUGUUCUGACCAUAUUGCACUAUGUAUCAUCAUUCGAUAAACCGAGAAAUGCUUCUUCUCUCUGAUUCAAGUAGAAAUACAAAUGGAAAAAUUCGAAGGGUAUUCAGAAAAACAUAAAUCUCGUCAACAAUACUUCGUCUACCCACUUCUCUUUCAUGAAUAUAUUUAUGCAUUUGCCCACGAUUAUGGAUUAAAUGGUUCUGAACCUGUGGAAAUAGUUGUUAGUUGUAAUAACAAGAAAUUUAGUUCACUACUUGUGAAACGUUUAAUUAUUCGAAUGUAUCAGCAGAAUUUUUUGGAUAACUCGGUUAAUCAUCCUAACCAAGAUCGAUUAUUGGAUUACAAAAAUUAUUUUUAUUCUGAGUUUUAUUCUCAGAUUCUAUCUGAAGGGUUUGCGAUCGUUGUGGAAAUCCCAUUCUCGCUACGGGAAUUAUUUUGUCCGAAAGAAAAAGAAAUACCAAAGUUUCAGAAUUUACGCUCUAUUCAUUCAAUAUUUCCCUUUUUAGAAGACAAAUUUUUGCAUUUGGAUUAUCUAUCACAUAUAGAAAUACCCUAUCCUAUCCAUUUGGAAAUCCUGGUUCAACUCCUUCAAUACCGUAUCCAAGAUGUUCCAUCUUUGCAUUUAUUGCGAUUCUUUCUCAACUAUUAUUCGAAUUGGAAUAGUUUUAUUACUUCAAUGAAAUCCAUUUUUUAUUUUCAAAAAGAAAAUAAAAGACUAUUUCGAUUCCUAUAUAACUCUUAUGUAUCAGAAUAUGAAUUUUUUUUGUUGUUUCUUCGUAAACAAUCUUCUUGCUUACCAUUAGCAUCUUCUGGAACUUUUCUGGAACGAAUCCACUUUUCUAGGAAGAUGGAACAUUUUGGGAUAAUGUACCCUGGUUUUUCUCGGAAAACCCUAUGGUUCUUUAUGGAUCCUCUUAUGCAUUAUGUUCGAUAUCAAGGAAAGGCAAUUCUUGCAUCAAAAGGCACUUUUUUUUUGAAGAAGAAAUGGAAAUGCUACCUUAUCAAUUUCUGGCAAUAUUAUUUCUGUUUUUGGACUCAGCCGCGAAGAAUCCAUAUAAACCAAUUAGCAAACUCUUGCUUCGAUUUUAUGGGGUACCUUUCAAGUGUACCAAAAAGUUCUUUGUUAGUAAGGAAUCAAAUGCUGGAGAAUUCAUUUCUAAUAGAUACUCGAAUGAAAAAAUUCGAUACCAUAGUCCCCGCUACUCUCCUCAUAGGAUACUUAUCAAAAGCUCAAUUUUGUACUGGAUCGGGGCAUCCUAUUAGUAAACCCAUUUGGACAGAUUUAUCAGAUUGGGAUAUUCUUGAUCGAUUUGGUCGGAUAUGUAGAAAUCUUUUUCAUUAUCAUAGUGGAUCUUCGAAAAAACGGACUUUGUAUCGACUAAAGUAUAUACUUCGACUUUCAUGCGCUAGAACUUUAGCUCGGAAACAUAAAAGCACGGUACGAACUUUUAUGCAACGAUUGGGUUCGGCAUUUUUAGAAGAAUUUUUGAUGGAAGAAGAGCAAGUUUUUUCUUUGAUGUUCACCAAAACAACUCUUUUUUCUUUCUGUGGAUCACACACUGAGCGUAUUUGGUAUUUUGAUAUUAUACGUAUCAAUGACCUGGUCAACCCUCUUAAUUAAUCAUUAGACGAAAUUAAGAAACAGGAAAGGGUUGAUAAAUGAUCAAGAAAAAACUUUUCUAUUUUUCAUUCUGAAAUGUUCUUUUUAUUAUAAUAAAGAGUAGGUGAAUCAACUUACUAAUUAAAAAAAUUAGUAGAACUUCCUCUUUGGAAUAGAAAUAGGCUAUUUCUACAUAGGGAAAGUCGUGUGCAAUGAAAAAUGCAAGCACGAUUUGGGGAGGGAUUUUUCUCUAUUGUAACAAGGAAGAAUUAUCUACUCCAUCCGACUAGUUCCGGGUUCGAGUCCCGGGCAACCCAUAUAGAAAAGAC